AAGGUCACACACUCUGGGAGAGCGGAAACUUCGCUCGGUGUUUUCUGCCACAGGAUGUUUUCCCUCUGAGGAGGGUGUGCUCUGCUCAGUCGCCGCAGCGCCGUGGGAGUGCUUCACGUCGAGGACGCGCUCGAGAACGUAGGCACGGAACCAGAGGGUUUUGAUCGCACCGGAGGAGCGCGUCUCGCUUCGCCGCAGUCGCGCCCUCGAACCCAACGUCAUCCAUCCGAGGCAGCGAUGGUGCGAUGAGGGACGGCCUCGAGGCGCUUCAUUCCGCCGGCGGCACGUUCACUCGGGUUGUGAGUGCAGUCAAGAUGGGUCUCUGCUGGAGGUUCGUGGUCCUCCUGUGCUGCUCGGUGUCCGAGGCCGCUCUGUCUCACGGCACCUGCGUCUGCAAAGGGACGCUGGAAGCCGUCCGCGAAGCCGGCGGGGAGGUGCACGUGCCGUGCCCGAACGUGGACGGCGAGAUCAAGGCAUUCGACCUCUUUAAGGACGAUGCGCUAAUGUCCACCACCCAAUGCAAUAAAACCUCUGAUGGCACUGGCCUGGACUGCACACAAUCAAAAGACAAUGUGAUUAUGCAUGAAACACAACCUCUGUCCAUCAGCUUCGUCCUCACUAACCACAGCCAAGGAAUCUACAAAUGUAAGGGGAAAGUCAUUUUUCCUCCUCCCUAUAAAAAGAUACCCAGUGAAGUACAGGUCCAUGUUGUAGAACUCCAGUACAAGACUGAUCAAAAUCGAAAACCGGAAUUGCCCUGGAUUUGGAUUGUGGCUGUUUCCGUCUUCAUUAUCUACAGUGUAACUCUCACCAUCAUUGCUCUUGUCUAUUGGAGGAAGCUGAAGACGUUGGACUCCCAGAGCGACUACAUGAACACCAAACCCAGAGCUCCACGGGGCUUCAAGAAGAGAGGCGUCCAGAACCCCAUGCCUCGAUACAUCUGAUGGCCACGCGCCAUCGGCCCUUUUGCACAGCUCUCCCCAGUAGCUUAGACGUAAACAGAAGGGGCUCCCCGUCGUAGCUUAGAGAGUAAUUGGACUGGUGGUGAAACGUUUCUACUAAAAAGAAGAGGUCCAGUUGACGAGACUCAACCUUCAAACAACUUCACUUGGAAGACUGAGAAUUUUCAGAGAAUACUAUUAAUUUGUGUGCGGUUUAGUUAAGUCCAUGUUUUGUGUUUACACAGCGGAAGUAGCAGUUCAUUUAAUAAAAAAAGUUGUGGCUUUAUAAAAAUAAAUUAAAAAAAUUGAUUUCUGG